AUGCUCGAUCCUCACAGGCUGCUGCUACACGCUCUCUUCCUCCUCUUCUCCUUGCAUUCUUUCGGAUCGUCGGAUGGAUUGCCGGAGGCGCCGUGCUGCAAGCGCCCCUCUUUGGCGCAAAUCUUUCUCCACUCCCCCGACGAGGUCGUCAUCGGGGAGCUCGUCAAUCGCGUGAGCCUUGUUCCUCGGCUAAACGAGAGCUCCGCUACUCUGGAGCAAACGCUGAGUUCCUUGUGGUCGGUGUCCAAGGAGGAAUCCAGCGCGAUGCUACUGCUCUACGCGUCGUGGUGUCCAUUCUCGAAGCUCAUGAGGCCAUUGUUUGACACGAUGUCUUCCAUUUAUCCGUCGGUGUAUCACAUCGCUGUGGAGGAAUCGAGCGUGAGGCCGAGGUAUGGAAAGAGGAGCUGGAUCAAACUCACAGAAACUCACAAGAACGUUUCGAUGCAUGCAGUGUUCUCUCGAAGAUUUUCGCCGGAAGUUCAAGGAUCCUCGGAAGCUCUGAUCCUUCACUCGAGCCAAGGCAGACCUCCGGCUGGUAUGUGCCCGUAUAUCUCUCCCGAGAAGUUACUUGAGGGCAACAUGUAUCUCACGCUCGCGGCGUGCUUCCUGGCUCUGAGGCUCGCGUUCCUCUUGCUCCCGGUGGCAACCAAGAGCUUGAAAUGGUGGUGGGAGCGAUCGGUCGUGAAUCUUUUCACCUCGCGGCGGCAAAGCACGACUUCUUCUUCGUCGUCGUCACACUCGAGCGUUAGCGAUGGAAAUCCCCGCGCAGCCGAGAUUGGGGAGGAUCUUCCACGAAGGAAUCGCAGGGCCCAGGAGUCUGGCACUGGGAAUCGCUGGGCGUCGUCUUCCACGUCCUUUUCGCCAGUCCCAAUCGGCCUCGCGCGGCCAAAGAGCCAGCAUUUGUACGAGUAA